GCUUCCUAGAAAGAACCCUCCCCGCACCCGGGAGGCCGUCCUCAAACCGACCUCUGUCCAGAAUUCAUAAGUAAUCUCAGUCCACGGCCAUCUCUCUGUGAUCCCAGGACCGUUCACAUCUCAGGACCCAGACACAACCAACCGCUGCAGGAUGGAUCCUCAAGUGACAGAGAAGCUGGUGCAGGAGAUGGCAAACUUCAACUGUGAAACGGGGGACAUUGGUGGCGUUGCCUUACUAAAGGGAAUCUGCGAUGUGUGGGACACAAUAUACAACUUCCAGGCUCGGGACGGUGACAUUGUGGUGGUGUCUUACCCAAAAUCAGGGACCACCUGGAUGCAGGAGAUCCUGGAUCUGAUUGUCCAGGGAGGAGAUGUGGAGAAGAGCAUGAGAGCGCCAGGCUUCGUCAAGGUGCCAUUCCUGGAGAUGGGGCACACCUCUCUGGCGGUUGCGGACAAUCUGCCGUCUCCUCGUGUUUUGAAGUCCCAUCUUCCGGUGCAGUUGAUGCCGCCAUCAUUCUGGGAGAAAGAUGUGAAGAUCGUCUACGUUGCGAGGAAUCCUAAGGACUGCAUGGUGUCCUACUACUACUUCUACAAGAUGGACCAGACCUUGCCAGAUCCUGGGACCUGGGACAACUUCUUCUCCAUGUUCAUGGCUGGAAACGUAACCUGGGGAAGCUGGUUUGACCACGUGCUUGGAUGGUGGAAGGCGAAGGACAAACACAAGAUCCUCUACGUCUUCUACGAGGACAUGAUUGAGGACUCUCGACGUGAGGUCCAAAAAGUGGUGAGGUUCUUGGGUGAAGACUUCUCUGAAGACGUUGUUCAGAAGAUCCUUCAGCACACCUCCUUCAAGGCCAUGAAGAGCAACCCAAUGGCCAAUUUUACUUCCCUCCCAGACUCGGUUUUUGACCAGUCUGUGACUUCCUUUAUGAGGAAAGGGAUUGUUGGAGACUGGAAGAACCAUUUCCUGGAAUCUCAGAACAUCGUAUUCGAUGAGGAGUACAAGAAGAAGAUGGAGGGCAGCGGCCUGGUCUUCCGUAUGGAGCUGUGACCUCUGAUUGUAUGAGGAGCUCACGGACACCAGAACCUCGGCUGAGGAGCUCACAGUCACCAGAACCUCGACUGAGGAGCUCACAGUCACCAGAACCUCUGCAAAGGAGCUCAUGGUCACCAGAACCUCGGCUGUAGCCAAGAAAUGUCAUGUUAGGAUGCCUAUGACUUCAUGAUUUUCCAAAAGUGACGGUGAUAUAUGAAAUAAAUGUGACAGUACGUACCGAA